UAGACCGACGACGUUGUUGCGAUGCAGCAAUAAAAAAGGAUUCCAGAAAACGAUAACGUUGCGCUGCUCUAAGCCUCUCUCUCUCUCUCACACACACACAGAGAGAAGCCCUUCCGGUUUCCCCACCCCUGCCUGCCAUUUACAUGCUGACUAACUGUGUACCAGUACCGAUCCCUCAUCCCAAAUUAAGCAACCACCGUCCGUCAUACAACUCAGGAUAUUACCCUGAUCAGAGAUCACGACACCAACUUUAUGUAAAAAGCAGCAAGAAAAACAAAUUCAUGUACUCCGCCUCUGUUUUUGUUUUUUUUUACUUUUGUCUACCAAUUAGACUGUGAACCCGAGGAGGAAAAGAGAACCCAUAUAUAGCAAAAUUAAUUACCACAAAAAGUACUUGUAAAAAACAGGGUUUCUUGCUUUCUUUAUUCAGCAGCUCUCUUGAACACCCCCCGGGCCGGGAAAACCAAACCAAAAAAAAACCAACAACCCAGAUGCAACCGACGCUUCCCGGUACAAGUGGCAGCACCGGUGGCGGUGAACUGUGUCGAGGUAGACUCCCCCGGUUCCGCUCUGCUCCAGCCACCUGGUUAGAGGCACUUCUCGAGGAAGAAGAAGAUGAAGAAGACGACGACGACCCAUUGAAGCCCAACCUCACUUUAACUCAGUUACUUGCGGCUUCCAACUCUUGUACACCCACACCCACUUCCAGACAGGACUCUGCCACCUUUACUUCUUCCUCUGUCGAUCCGGGCCACUUUGACUCCGGUUCUCCCCCCGUCUUCUUCAGGCAGAACAGCUCUCCAGCUCAGUUGCUUGGCAAUUCGGGUGUUAGGCCAGAAGGGUACUUUUCCAACUUCGGUAUUCCACCAAACUACAACUAUGUGUCGCACAAUAUUGACACUCCUCCCGGGAGUAAGCGGACGAGGGAGUUCGAAGCGCAGAACUUAACUGCAGCAAAGUUUCCAUCUCAGCUGAAAGAGGAGCAAAGCAGUCAGGGACCUGCUGGGGUGGGUAGUUUGAUAGAUAUGGAGAUGGAAAGGCUUUUGGAGGAUUCAGUUCCUUGCCGAGUUCGGGCGAAGCGAGGUUGUGCCACACACCCUCGGAGCAUUGCAGAGAGGGUUCGAAGGACUCGAAUCAGUGAUCGCAUAAGGAAACUUCAGGAGCUGGUGCCCAAUAUGGAUAAGCAAACAAACACUGCAGAUAUGUUAGAAGAGGCAGUAGAGUAUGUUAAGUUUCUUCAGAAGCAGAUUCAGGAACUAUCAGAGCAUCGACAGAAAUGCAAAUGCAUAGCCAAGGAUUAAGCAGAAGAAGGGGUGAGUGCAGAUGGCGAUGUGAUAGGAGGGCAAACGUUUGCACUCUUUAAGGCUUCCUUUUUAAGGUUGAAGACUGCAUCUUGGCAUAGAAAAUACAAUUUUUUUUAGCGAAAGCUUUAUGAUCUGAUGUCAUUUGUUCCCCUCUUUCAUGGUGAAAGGUCUAGGAUUGAGUCCCAAUACCCUCUUGUCAAUCUAGGUCACUUUCCAAAAGGUACCCUAUUCCUUGUCUAUGUUCUUCACCAUGGGUAGAAAGACGGUUAAGCAUGAAUUAAUUAAAUUGAUUUUUAACGAAUAUUUUUGGAGAACGGCCUUCAGGAGAAGGAAGGUUGGUCUAUUGAAGAAGCCAAGCGAGCUUACAACCUUAUGCGGUGAUUUGCAUGCAUUGUGGUUUACAGAAGCUAUGAUUCUCAGCCGGAUAUUUGGCCUUCUUCAAAAGAAGGAUCUUACUUGUUCAAGAGGCUCAAGAAUUUGCUUGCAAAUAACGAGGUAAAUUUAUGAUGAAUAAAAAAAACUCUUUUAUUUUUUUGGUAGAAGGUACGUCCAGGUUUAACGGGAAAUUAGAGGCAAAGAAGAAGUGAAACCAGGAGCUACAGAUGGAAGUAAUUUUGAUUGGGUUCUUGCCAGGUAAAAACUCGAGCUGUUUGGAAGAUUUGACUGAAAUAUAUAGGUCCUAUGUUAGAUCAAUUGGUUAACCUCAUCACCAAUAUAUAGAACUGGAUUAAUGGAUUAAUGGAAGUACUUAUGGCUGAUGUUGCUAUUUGAAAACGGUGGAGCAUGGAUUAGAGAACUGGUUUGGGUAAAAAUUACGGCGGAUGCUUUAUAUGGCAUCUGUAGGCCAUGGAAUAGUGUCAUUUGUCAUAUGGGUUGACAAAGAAAGAGUGUGAGAUUUGGAUGUACUACUUUUUGACGUUUUAUUCCAUAUGUGUUACCUUACGCUUAGGUCAUUCCAGCACCGCAUAAGAAGUUCAUAUAUAUUGUAAUUGACCUCUUUUUGUAUAUUGAGCUAAUAAGAAUGCUAUCAUAAUGUGAUGUUUGU